AUGGAGAGCAUCGAACCUACGAUUGGUGGAGGCGAUGCCCUCGGAAGCUAUGGUCACACUGAAUCCUCAUUUAUCACUCGCCCUAGCAACGCUAAUCUCUAUGCGUCAGUGCGUGUAUGUGUGCGGUACGGCCGACUGGUGAACCGAGUCCCAGAGACGCAACUAGUCCUGCCGGACACGUCGAGACUUGGACUUGGAGGUUCUGCGUUCAUGAAGGCUGGCGCCUGCCCCCAACCGCAGCAGUUGUGGGUUGUUGAGGCAACCGUUCAGAUUGUCUGCCAAGGCAGGCGUCUGGGAGAGGAGAGUUGUUGUCGGUGGUGCGUGUUUAUUGGCCGAUUCUUUGCAUGCGACACGUUUGAUGCCACGGGCAACGGGGACAAAGGGUACAAAAAGGUUACUACUGCUGUCACGCCUUAUGGCGAUGGUUGUCACGGUAAAUGUCACAUGGAGACUAGCGUCUUGGCUGCUUGUCCGGCUUAUGUCACCUGCUCGGUCGGGCCAGAAGAGAGGAGCACAUCGGCCGGACAGCUUAGGCGAAGACCGUCCGAAAGAGGAGUUUGCUCAGCCUCGACCGUCUGUACCAGCGAUUGUUGGGCCACACUGCGUCACAAGCUUCUGGGCAGAAAGAGACACUUUUUUAUGCACAACUGUGGCGAGAUAUCGCCAGCACCGGGACUCGUGGAGAGCUUCGCGUUGCUAGCGAUUGUGUUUUAUCACCAUCCGCUGCAGCCUGACGGCUGUCGGGCGGCACCAGUCUUGAGCGGGCUUUCAAUUGAACUGAUGCCGAAUUGGUGA